AUGCCUCCACCUUCAACACAACCUCCAACACUUUCAGUUAAUGGAUUAGGAACAAUUGGAAAACAAAAAUCACAACAAUCAGAAUUACUUGAAAAUAUAAAAGCAAGUAUAAAUAAAAGAAAUAGUAUUGGUACUCCAUCCAUAUCAUUAGGCAACAGUGGUGGUAGUGGUAGUAGUAGUGGUGGUGGUGGAAGUAGUAGUUCAUUCAAUCCUUUAUCCUUAUCAUCAGAAUUAAAAAAUAGUGGAAAUAAUAUAUUAAAUUUAUCGACUGGUAGCAAUGGUAGUUCACAUUUAUCACCACCACAUUCACCACAAAGUGUACAUAAUAGCAUAAAUAGUAGUGGUGAAAUUCCAAAAGAAAAAAAGAGAGCUUCAAUUUCAUUUGGUUCAAAAUCAAAAGAUAAAGAAAAAGAAAAAGAAAAAGAAAAAGAAAAAGAAAAAGAAAAAGAAAAAGAAAAAGAAAAAGAAAAAGAAAAAAAUAAUAAUAGCGCAGCAUCUCAUAUUGUUAGAUCCGAUGAUUUACAAUUUGCAAUUAAAAAUUUAAAAAAGAAUGUCAUUGUUAAGAAAAAUAUGGCUGUUGAAUCAGCUGAUGAUGGUAUUUCAUUGGAAGUUCCAGAGAAACGAGGAUUUUUAAAUAUAUUAAGAUCAGAUGCAACACAAUAUAUUUCACCAACGAUUGGAGGAGAUAAUUGGAAUCAAAGAUGGUGUGUAUUAAAAGAGGGUUGUUUAUUCAUUUAUGAGAGUAAUAAAGAUGAAAUAGAGAUUGAAGUUUUAUCAUUGGACAAAGGUCAAGUUAAAGAAAAAGAGAUUAAAGAUAAUUGUUUCCAAUUAACAGCAACAUUGGUAUUUGGAAAUGGUCAAUACAAUGAAAAUGGUCCAAUUGUAACACGUUAUUUAUCAACUCCACCAUUUGAAGAAUUUGAAUAUUUCGCUUGGAUCGUAUCAUUACGUGGUGUUAUCUUCUUUUUACGUUCAUUAAAUAGUUCAAAUACAUCUUCAUUGUCACCACAAGUUAAUAAAAUUAAAAAAUCAAAUCAAAGAUAUAGUUUACCACCAUUAUCAACAGUAUCACCAGGAUCACCAAGAGAAACAACUACAACAACUACAACAACUACAGAGAAAUCGCAUAGUGGAUUUGUACCAACACAUAAAAAGGUUGGUAGUAAUGGUGGUUCACCUUCAGUAAAUAAAAUGUUAACACCAAAUAAAAUCAAUGGUUCAUUAGCACCAGGUUCACCAAGUUCAUCAACAUUCGAUAGUAGUAGUGCAGAUGAUGAAAUGAAUGGAUUUAAGAAAGGAUAUCUUGGAGUUCAAGGUGGUAAAUUAAUUAGUAAAUGGAAACAAAGAUGGGUGGUUUUAAAUCAAGAAUCAAUUUCCAUCUAUAAAUCACAAGAACAACAAGAGACAUCAAAGAAAGAACCAAAGAAAUCAAUUCAAAUCAUAUUCUGCUCUGCAAAGGUUGUAAAAUCCACAAACGAUAAAUAUACAUUCCAAGUACUCACUACCGAUAAAACUUUACAUUUCUCUUGUGUUUCUGGUUCACAAAUGUUAAAUUGGAUAACUUGUAUACAGUCUGCUCAAUCCAUUUCAAUGGAAGCUUAUUUGAAAUAUAAAACUGGUGGUGGUGGUAGUGGUGGUAGUGGUGGUGGUGGUCAUAGUAGUCAUUCAAGAACAAAUAGCAAUACUAGUAGUAGCAGUGUAAAUAGUAGUAAUCGUUUAAGUAUGAGAUUGAAAGAAGAUGAUGUUGAAGAUGGUGUUCAAAAAAUGUUGGAUGAAAAUAAAGAAUCACUAAACAAACUAUUGGAACAAGAGGAUAAUAAAUAUUGCUCAGAUUGUGGUUGUCCAUCACCAUUGUGGGCAUCAAUUAAUUUGGGUGUUUUCAUUUGUAUCAAUUGUAGUGGUGUUCAUCGUAAUUUAGGUGUUCAUCUUUCAAAGGUACGUUCUGUAACAAUGGAUAUUUGGGAUAGAAAUAUGAUUCAAUUCUUUAGAGAUACCGGCGGUAAUGAUAAAGUAAAUCAACUCUAUGAAUAUAAUAUACCUCCACAAUUUAAAAAACUGACUCCUGACUCAACAAUGGAAGAAAGAGAUAAAUAUAUUAGAAGUAAAUAUGAACAUAAAUUAUUUUUCUCACCUUCCUCUUCAACUACAACAUCUUCAAAUCAUUUUGAAAAUCCUUCACCAUUAUCAGCUUCAGUAAGUUCAAAUCCUGAAUCUUCAAUUGUAUAA